GGGGGUGGAUUGCUGAGGAUACGGCUCUGCCCUCUGCACUCAGGACAUGUAUGGCUGAAGGGCUCAGCCCCUUCCCUGGCUGCAGGGCAGCGCUGUUCUCCUUCCCACCAUGUGACCUGGCACACCUGCACAGCAAAUAGCUCCUUUUUUCAAAGAAUGAGCACAUGCCGAUGGUGCACACAGAGUGGUGCUGACACCACCGAGUUCCUGAAGCACUAUGCUGCUCAAAGGCUUUCCCAGGAAGAUUUUGAAGGAUCCAACGAUGACCUCUGUUACUGCCUGGAGUGUGUGGUUGAAUAUCACAAAGCAAGGGAAGAAUGCCCAAGGUUGCACGAGGACCUGUGGGACUUGGAAACCUCCCGCCUCAUUGCCCACAUGGAGAAAUCCAUGAAUGAAGAAACAGGAGAGGAUGAAUUGUUCCUGAUUGAUGAGCAUGGGGAGACACCUCUGUCUGGUUAUGUGGGCCCAAACUUUGAGAACAACGUGCGAGUGCCCCUGCUGGAAAUCCUGAAAUACCCCUAUCUGCUGCUGCAUAAGAAAGUCAGUGAGCUGUGUGUGGAAGUGCUCUGUAGAAUGGAGCUAAGUCAGGACUCCUUCCAGGUCUUUGAGAAAUACCCAGGAAUUUAUGUCUUUUUGGUACACCCAAAUGAGGUGAUUCGUCGAUGGGCCAUCCUAACAGCAAGGAAUUUAGGAAAGGUUGACAGGGAUGAUUAUUAUGACUUAGAGGAAGUGCUGACUUGUUUGUUCAAAGUUAUUGAGUUGGGGCUUUUUGAGAAUCCAGAUAUUUACAGCUCUUCAAUGUUUGAAAAGGGUAAACUCAUCCUUCUGCCAGCUCAUUUGUAUGAUACAGCCAACUACAAGAACUAUUGGCUGGGAAUUUGCAUGUUGCUGUCAGUGCUGGAAGAACAAGCUAUGGACUCUUUGUUACUGGGCCCAGACAGACAAAAUGAUUUCAUGCAGUCUAUACUUCACACUAUGGAGAAAGAAGCAGCUGAUGAUUCCACUGACCCCUUCUGGCCUGCCCUGCACUGUUUCAUGGUUAUUUUGGAUCAGCUUGGAUCUAAAGUUUGGGGUCAGCUGAUUGAUCCUGUCCAAGCCUUUCAAACCAUAAUCAACAGCGUGAGCUACAACAAUGAAAUCAAAAAUAUUCGCAGUAGCUUCAGGAGGACAAAAUCUGAACCAGAGUCAGACUACGGUGAUGACAUGAUUUCCUGCAGUCAGAUUGUGUAUAAUUAUAACACAGAAAAACCUCAAAAGGACUCUGGCUGGAAAGCUGCCAUUUGCCCAGAGUACUGCCCCAACAUGUAUGAAGAUAUGCAGACCCUGGCUAACAUGCUUCAGUCUGACAUUGGCAGAGAUCUGCGUGUCCAUCACAGCACAUUCCUCUGGUUCAUCCCUUUUGUUCAGUCCCUUAUGGACCUCGAGGACUUGGGUGUAGCCUAUAUAGUGGAGGUCAUCCACUACCUCUGCUCAGAAAUCAAAGAUAUCCUCAUCGAAAGAAUCCAGCAGUGCGACAAAAUCUCCGAGUUCUUCCUCCUCAUCUUGGUGUCCAUUGUUGAGCUCCACAGAAGUAAGAAGUGCCUGCACUUGCUGUGGAUCAGCUCCCAGGAGUGGGUGGAGGCAGUGGUGAGGUGUGCCACGCUGCCAAGCAGAGCCUUCACUCGCUGCAGCGAGAAGGCGCCGGGGCUGUGUGCCAAGGGCUCGGCCGCGGGCUCUUUCCAGGCGCCCAGCUCGGUGCAGCACGCCUGCGUGCAGCUCAUCCGCAGCCUGCUCAGGGAGGGCUACCAGAUCGGCCAGCACGCCCUGUGCAAGCAGUACCUGGACAAACUCAACCUCCUCCUCAGGGGAAAUCGAGCUGUGGGGUGGCAGCUGAGCAGUCAGGAAGCCCAGGAGCUGCAAAUGUGUUUAAAGCAAGUUAUAAGAAGUAUAAAGGGUAAAACACUGAGAACCUCUUUGGUUGGAGGAAGCAGUUCAAACUCAACAGCUUUGCCAACUGUCUCUCCAAAGCAUGAGAGGAAUGCCUGUGAUGAUGGAUACAAGAUGAGUGGGCAUGAAAGGAGGGACCUUUAUUCACCAUUUGUCAUGUCAAAGGAAGGCAGAGAUUGUCAAGAGAACCCUUUCCAUAGGAGAAAGAAUGCCUGGGAAGAGGAAUGUAGGGAUGCAUGUAGGAGUUCAACAUCUUGCACAUCCACAGAAGGCUUCUUGAUGAAUAUUAAAAAGGAACCUGAUGACUUGGCAGCUCAGGAGUUUAUCUUCCCACAGAACUCUUUGGCAGCAAAACUAUGUGGGAAAAUUCAGGAAAAUAGGAAUUCUGAUCUUGUGGCAGGGAAAUGCAAUAUGGAUGAUGAGUGCUUCAAUUCAAACAUGCAGCAUUCAGAUUUCAGGAGAGGCAGAGAGUCAGACAUGAAACACAAAGCAGAACCCAAAACACCACAUCUGUCUGCUCAAACUCCCAUUGAUUCUCCAUCUUCAAGGAAUUGCAGAAGUAUGCAAGAGACAAGUACAAACAGUGGGUUCCAGUCCAGACCGAUGCCCUUAACUAAACAGGUCUCCAGGGAAGAUUCCUCUAACUUCUCUAGAAAUGAACCUGGUGUGCAGGGGAAGGAAGAUGACAGUACUUUGCUUUUAGAGCAUAAUGACACCUCCCUGAAAAAAGGAUCAACAGAAGAAAAAUCAGGUUCAUCAUUGGCGUCUUUCUUUCAGAGAAAAACCAGUGUGCAAACUUCAAACCAGGAGCAGCCUACUUUAAAUCAUCUGGAUAAAUAUGACUGCAAAAAUCAAUUUUCGGAGACAUUUUGUCGGGAUAACAUUUCAGUGUCUGGUUAUUUUCCAUUUAGCUCAGAAAACAAGAGGGAUAUGAUCAGACCACUGUCAGUGAAGUGUGAAUCAAGUGACAGGUUGUUUGAGUUUUCAGAAUAUUUCAAGAGAGAAAACAGUUCAGUGGGGAAGAGUAACGAGGAUUUUGUGAAGACGGUUUCUAAAGAGGAUGCUUUACCAGAUUCCCAGAUUGAUAGAGAACUCAGUAAAUUAUCUUUAGCGGCUUAUGCCAAAAGUGUCAAUUUUCCUGUGGAAUCCACCCAGGAAAGCUUGGUGUGCCCCAAUGUGUCUGAUAUUAAAAGGAAAGUGAAAGGUUCUGUAAGGUCUUCCAACCAGGACCAAAGUACCAAGUGUCCCAGUGGUGCAGGUGGCCCCAGCAAUCAAGUCAUUGUAAUUUCAGACUCUUCUGAUGAAGAAAAAAGUGUGGCUGACAAGAAGGAGACAAAAAGCAAGAAUGAAAAUGCGUGUGCAGAGGAAUCUUCAACUUCCAGCAGCGUUUCUGAUAGUGACACUAAAAGAGAAUCCAAGUCUCCAGGCUCUCCCCUGUUACUGGAUGACUGUGGUUCUCAGUACUUUGAGUUUGAAACAGAUGAUGAGGUUUUUUCAGCUUGGCAAGAAACUCAAGCGUAUGCUGUAGAAACAACCCAGGAGUGUAAACAAGAUCAUGUUUCACCAGCAGCUGAAAGGAAAAAUUCAGAUGACUGCCUGAAUGAUGAUUUAAAUGACUGGGGCUAUGACCUGCACUACUUUAGUGAUGACUCCAUGGAAGGAGCAGAAAGCUCAGUAGAAAAGCAGACAGAAGAUACUUCUCAUCAGAAAGAAGCUGGUGAUACAAAGGAAGUGACUAAUUCAACCUUGGAAGAAUCAGUUGGGAAGGAAGAUGCAAAAGGUGAGCUGGAGAAACGUGCAGACAAAGGCACUGCUAAAGGCUGCACCCCGGAUGCAAAGUUGCCUGAACCCAAAGCAUCUACAUCUCCCAUCUCAUUAGCUUCAAAGCUGGCCCUGAAGAAAAACAGCACAAGCCCAAGGAAGACCACAGCAAAAUGUAAAUCAGCACUGGCUGUUCAGAGAAGUCCUAAAAAACCUCCCCUUGUUAAAACAGCCAAGAGUAAAACACCACUCCAGAGCACAGCAGAGCGUUCUCAGGCUAGCAGAUCGAUGCCUGCUGUGGUUCCUCCAAGGAAGGUUCGCCAGAGUCCUGCUCCAACAUCAACUGUGGAGAAGCUUGGCCUGAAGAAGGGGCCUCGCAAGGCGUUUGAUUUGUCACAGCCCUCCCUGGAGAGCCUGGCUCAGCUGCGCAGCCACGGCAAAGCCGCGGGCAGAAUCGGAGUUGCGCAGAAAAGGAAAACCAAGCAGAUCGAACCUCAGUGUUUGUCCGUGAAACGGAAUAAAAAACUGCUCGCCUGCCAGGACAGGCAGUAUCUAAGGCAGACAAGGCCCAAAAAAAGUGUGAAAAACUCUGCAGGAAGUUCAGAGAGCAGAAACAAAGUUACCAAAGUGAGUGCAAAGCCUGUGGAACAAAAGCCUCACAGUUUUGACCUGGCAGCUAUUAAAGAAACCGUUGAAAACCAAAGGGAGAAAAAAGGAGAAGAGGCUGCUUGUCCUUCUGCCAGUGAGAGAAAAUUUGAGAGCUUCUCUCUGGAGGAGGUAGCAGGCACCUCUAAAAUACCUCAUUCUUCAGACUGGAACAGAAAAUGGGAGGGUAACAGUGUGGUGCUUCCUCCUGUCCCUGUGGAUUCAAGUCUCUCUUCCACUGCAAUUGGAGAUGAUAAAGAUGAGUCUUCAGGAAAAGGUUGCACUGUCCUGCCUGAGUGUGAGACGAAAACCUCAAAGCAAAAUGGGAGCAAAUCAGAUGAAAGCAGUGACGAAGGUGAUGAUAAUCUGUUUUUAACCCAGUUAGACCCUGUGGAUAUGGAGUUAUGCUCUCAAGAGGAAAGUGUUGAAGAUGCUGCUAUGGGUAGUAAGACCCCAGAGGAAAAGGAAGUUGAUGAAAGCCUUGGGCAGAAUGAACCCUCAGCUGUUGUGAAGUGCAAGGACAAAGACUGUACAGAACAGGUGGAAAAACCUGGAGAAUACUGCAGUAAACACCCAACCACCAGCUCAGGGGCAGAUCACAUGUUUGCCAAGCCUUCUCUGCCACCACCUAAAGCAAGAAAGCCUUCCACUACCAAAAUUUUCAGCUCAACAAGUUCUUCACGGAACGCAGCCUUCAGCAAAGAUCUGGAGGACGGCAGAAAGUUGCCCCCACCUUCAAAAAGCAAAGUGAACGCGGCCAAAGCGCCGGUGGUCAGGCCACCAACAUAUCCAAAACCUGCACCAGCAGCAAAUCCAACGUGCAGAUCUCAAAGUUUCAGUAAUGCACCUCAACCCCUUAGUUCCAGUAAUGUUCUCCAGUUACAAAACAGACGCUAUGAGAAUGCUUCCAAUAUUUCCAGAGGGUCUGGCCGAGAAAGCUACUCCUCUUUUCUUGGCGCUCAGCAGCGCGAUUACAGCAUUUUUGUUAACCAAGUCCUAACGUGGACUUAUGAAAUGUUUGCAAACUUCAGCUUCUUUGGAACUCCAGAUAAUCUUCUGCAUUCCAUAGUAACCUCUGUUCCUGUCCGUUUUCAGUGCUACAAUGAAUAUUUUAAUACAUUUUUCCCCUUGAUGAUGCUCAACGCCUUUGAAACACUGGCACAAGAAUGGGUAGAAAACCAGAAAGCACGAGAGAAAAGUUAUUGCUUCUACUUAGAGAACUUUUCUGCUGACAUGAAUACAGCACAUUUUACAGCUCAUCUACGAGAGAAUGAUUUGGCAAGGCAACUUCAUCCAAAAGAGGAUGACUUGAUCCUUUUGGUGGUGCACAAGGAGAAGGACACUUUUGGGGAAGAAAGUGGGAUGGAGAGCCACAUAGUGAAUCAUGUUGGCCUUGUGACACGAUUUUCUCGUGCAUCUAGCUAUGCAAAUAGACAAAGAGAGCAGCAAACUGCCUGUCAUCUUACUGUGCAAACCCGAGGCAAUUUGUCAUUCUUCAUCCAUAAGCAAGUGAAGUGUGUGGUGGUUGGCUCCCUGGUGACCACACACAGAAAGUUCAAAGCUCUGCUGCUGCUGAGCAGGAGCCCCCUGGCUAAACCCAUCAUAAAUCCAAGUUACAAUGACUUCUGUCCCAGAGAUCUGCCUGUUGCCUCAGGAAGUGCUGCUUCAAAUAUGAAUGAAUACAAUGAAGAUCAAAAGAGAGCCAUUGAGACAGCUUAUGCCAUGGUAAAGCAACACCCAGGACUUCCCAAGAUCUGCCUUAUCCAUGGACCACCCGGGACAGGGAAAUCAAAAACCAUUGUAGGACUCCUGUCCCGUGUUUUGAGAGAAAACACUAGGAAUGAGAAAACAGCUCGGAAAAAAAAUUCCAGGAUUAAGCCAAACCGUUUUCUAGUUUGUGCACCAUCAAAUGCUGCUGUUGAUGAACUCAUGAAAAAGAUCAUCAUUGCUUUUAAGGAAAAAUGCCAAAACAAACAGGAGCCUUUGGGAAAUUGUGGUGACAUCACAUUGGUGCGACUUGGUGCUGAAAAAUCAAUCAACAGUGAAGUCCGGGGAUUCAGCCUGGAUAAGCAAGUUGAACACAGAAUGAAAAGAAAGCCAGGUGAUUGUGACCAGGACAUUCAGAAGAAGAAAGCAGCUCUGGAUCAGAAGCUGGACAUGCUCUCUCGAGAGCGUGCCAUGCACAGAUGUGAGAAGAGAGAGAGUCAAAAGUUAAAUGAUGAAAUCGGCAGACUUGCAAAGGAGAGACAGCAACUCGCUUCUCAGCUGAAGGAGGUUCGGGGGCACUCCCAGAAAGUGCAGGCAGACAUCAUCUUGGAGUCUGACAUCAUCUGCUGCACGCUGAGCACCAGCGGGGGGAGCCUGCUGGAAUCGGCCUUCUCCCGCCAGGGCCUCGAUCCCUUCAGCUGUGUCAUCGUGGAUGAGGCAGGGCAGUCCUGUGAGGUGGAAACGUUGAUUCCACUGAUCCAUCGCUGUAAUAAACUCGUCCUGGUUGGAGAUCCCAAACAGCUCCCUCCUACUGUCAAAUCAGUAAAAGCUCAGCAGUAUGGCUAUGACCAGUCUCUGAUGGCCCGUCUGCAGAGGCACCUGGAGGAGCAAGUGCAGAGGAACAUGCUGCACAGCCUGCCCGUGGUGCAGCUGACAGUGCAGUACAGGAUGCACCCAGACAUCUGCCUCUUCCCAUCCAACUAUGUCUAUGGCAGGACUCUAAAAACUGCCAAGUCAAUAGAGGAGAACAGAUGUUCUUCAGAUUGGCCAUUCCAACCCUACCUGAUUUUUGAUGUAGCUGAUGGUCGUGAGGAGCGAGACAAUGACUCUUACAGCAAUCCUCGGGAAGUGAAGCUGGUGAUGGAGUUAAUUAAAACAAUUAAAGAGAAAAGGAAUGAUCUGGGCCUUCGCCGCAUUGGAAUAAUUACCCCUUACAGUGCCCAGAAAAAGAGAAUUCAGGAGCAGCUGGACAGUGUGUUUAAGAAUAACAGCAGCCCAGGAGAAGUGGACACGGUGGAUGCGUUCCAGGGCCGGGAGAAGGAUUGCAUCAUCGUGUCCUGUGUGCGCGCAAACAGCUCCGACGGCUCCACUCUGGCUUCUGUGCAGGCCAGCAGCACCAAAGGAUCCAUUGGGUUUCUGGCGAGCCUCCAGCGACUGAAUGUCACCAUCACCCGCGCCCGCUUCAGCCUCUUCAUCCUGGGCCGGCUGCAGACCCUCAUGGAAGAUAAAAACUGGUAUCACUUGAUUCAGGAUGCUCAGAAAAGAGGUGCCAUUGUUAGGACAACAGAAAAGAAUUACAAGAAAGAGGCUCUGAGGAUUUUGAAGCUCAGGCCACCAGGACAGUCCCCAGCUAAAGGAGGAACGAUGACAUCUCCUGUGGUGCAGGCUGGUUCUUCCAGUGGCAAGAAGAGUGAGCCUGGAAAUUCUGGGAACAGCCCACGGGAACAUGCUGCUGGCCCUGGCCAUGCAGUGCCCCAAGGAAGCAGAGGGGCCACACAGCCUGCAGGGACUCCAGCUGCAGAUUCCAACAGGAGCAGUGCUGCUGCAUCCAUGGGGACUCCCGCUGCAGAUUCCAGGAGAGGCAGUGCCCCUCCAUCCAUGGGGACUGCAUCUGCAGAUUCCAGGAGAGGCAGUGCCCCUGCACCAUCAGGAGCUGCAUCUGGAGAUUCCAGGAGGGGAAGUGCCCCUCCAUCCAUGGGGGCUCCAGCUGCAGAUUCCAGGAGGGGAAGUGCCCCUGCACCCUCAGGGGCUCCAGCUGCAGAUUCCAGGAGGAGCAGUGCCCCUGCACCCUCAGGGACUCCAGCUGCAGAUUCCAGGAAGGGAAGUGCCCCUGCACCCCCAGGGGCUGCAGCACUUGCUGCCAUUGCAGAGAAACCACGGGACCCAAGGCUGGCCAGCCUGGCCAGUCGAACUGAAGCCAAAGGAAAGGAGCAGCCCUUGAAGGACAGCCAUCGAUCAGCCCAGGGCAACCCAGGAACAACACCACAGCAAGGCCUGGCUGUGUCCUCAGCUGCCAGGGAUCAGAUUUGCAGAACAGAAAAUGCCAAGAAGGCCCAGCAAACAGCAGGACAGUGCAGUGUGCUUCCCACAGCCCCUCACACAGCUCAGCACGAGGGUGAGCGCAGAGCAGCUGUGUCCAGAAGCGGUUCCAGAGCCCCCAGUGAAGGAGGUCAGAGCAGCAGCAGUGAGUGGAACAAAGACUCUCGUGGUUUAUCAAAGAGACCAUCCCAGGAAGGACCAGGGAACACAGACUCAGGCUCUACCAAGAAAAGAAAGAUCUAUCCCUGACUUUACUCAUUACUGAUAAUCUGUUCCCAGAUUUCUGUCUAGCAAGGACUGUAUUUUAAAUUAUUUAGCACAACUGGAGCUCCCUUAUAUUGGUACCACUACUAUCAGUAGAUGUCUUUCCCAUCCUGUCCCUAAUUGUGAAGGGAUUUAAUGCCUGACAGAUGGUACCUUUGAGGUUUUGAAAAGAGAAGUUGGGUAGCUGCAUUGCUUGGAAGAGCAGUGGAUUUAGUCAUCUAGGAAGCUGAGGUUGUAAAUGUUUAACGUUGUAUAUUUGUACAGUAUACAGAUUUAUUUUAAGGUAUUUGGCAAAUACAUAGCUUCUUGUUUCCUUGUGUAAAUGCUAAUUUCUUAGAGGUGAAAUUUUUUAUAAAGAACCAGAGGAAAGCAAAAACAAAACCCAAGAACCCAACCCCAAAAUCCAAAAGCCAGACUUCCCUUUGCACUAAUGUCUAAUUUAUUUCGUAGCAAAACUGAAUGUUGAAAUUGUGGUAGCAGUGGUUCUUGCUCAUGCUCCACUACUGCCUCAGGGAAGAGUGAGGCAGAUGUACAUUGGUUGAAUGGAGAGAGUUCUACUUAUUUUGUAUAUUUUAUUGCCUGUUUUUAUAGGAACACAAGAGUUUUUGUUUAUACAGAUGUGCCUUGAGUUUUGCUCUUGCUGCUGCUGCUCUAUCAGUUGGAUUCCCUUUCUUGUUGCAGUGGCAACACAAUCUGCAGAUUAAAACCUGUGAGGAGAAAUCAACAGCACUGUGGAAUCCUGGUCUGAGAUCUAGUUAACAGUUAUUGGUAAUAUCACUUGAGUUGCUUUGAGUGGAGCUUUUGGAGAUCUGCAGGGAUAAAAAGGGCAGGUAGAUCUUUCUACCUUUUCUUUUUUUUCUAGGUGUUACUGCUGGAUUCUUUCCACUGUGCUGAUGAAGAAUAUGCAGCCACUAAAAGAGGAUGGCAAACAAAUUAUUUUUAGGAAAGCCUUCCUCACAUCAUAACAUUUCACAAUAAAAGUGGAAUUAUUUCUACUGAGACUUCCUUUGGGUCACUGUGAAAUAUCACUUUUUGUUUUGUGGAGCUUGUGUGUGUCUCAGGAGGUGAAGAGCAGCAUUUCCCAUGCUGUGGUUUUUGUCUGGGGAUAACCUGAGAGUGCAGGGCUCAGGGAAUGGAGGAGCUGCAGGGUUGGUACCAGGUGAGUUGUGCCAUCUCCAAGUGUGUGCUCAGGGCCAGCCUGAAACAGCAGUGUCCUGCUGUCCCUUGUCACAGCACUGUGGCUUUGCUGGAGUCUCAGUUGAGCCAUAACCUUCAGUUUUAUUUUGUUCCUGCAGGGAUAAUUCCAGCUCUGUCCUGUGAAGCCACAGCCAGGCAGGGCAGUGUGGCCCAGCUCAGGGAGGCACCAGUGCCUUACUCUGCCCAGCAGCAGCUGCUGCCUCAGGCUGUCAUUGCCAGGAAAACUCUGACCCCUAAUGCAUCCACACCCAGAACAAACGUUGCUUUACUGGUAGAGCUGCCUUGGAGGUGUGUGGGGAGGCUUUUAUUGCUGGCUGGGCCUGUCCAGCUCGUGGUGCAGUGCAGGACUGAGUAUUUUAAUGUAAUAGGGAGAACCUGGGGGAUUCCUGUGAGGUGAGAUCAGCAUCUGUGCAUUGUUCAGCUUCAGUUAUUUGUUAUGUUGCAUUCUGAAUCCUUCAGUGACCCCUGACUCCUCCUGGCAGCUCUGUGUGCUCCUCUCCAGCUGCUGUGACUCUUGUGAGGCUGCUGAGUGACUCUGACCUUAACAAACUGGACAUUUCAGUCACUCCCCAUCACAGGCUCCAUACCCUCUGUGUUAUUUCCCUUUAUGUUAAUAGGAAUAUUUAAAAACUGUCAUCUUCCAAGCCCCUUGGCUCUUGUUGGCAGGGCUGUGCUGCCCUGCCUGCUGUUUGUACUUAGCACAUUAAGAGGCUGCUGCUCUGCAAACCCCAUGGCUGUGGAAGCCAUUUGGACUGUCUUGCUGUAAAUAAAGUGAAGCUGGCAACAAAAUGAAUGAGGGGAAUGCUUUUCUGGUUAAUAAAUGCAAUUUGGUCACAAGAA